AGUUCUAGCCAUGCUGCCCCCCCUCUCCACGUUGUCAUGGCAACGCCACUUGCUUUGAGGCCCACCCCAGGGUGGUGCCGGCAUUGGGUCCCGCCCCUCGGUUCAACUUCCGCUUGGGGAAAGAUCGCUUCCGGUUCCUUGGGCGGGUUCCCUGCAUCAUGGCCGCGCAGCAGCCUCUGCGAAUUUUGUGCCUGGCGGGCUUCCGGCAGAGCGAGCGGGGCUUCCGCGAGAAGACUGGAGCGCUGCGGAAAGCCCUGCGGGGCCGCGCCGAACUCGUGUGCCUCAGCGGACCGCACUUGGUCGCAAACGCAGCGGGCGUGGAGGGCGCGGGGCCAGACUCCGGGUCCUGCCCUCCGAAGGAGCAGCCUCGAGGCUGGUGGUUUUCCGAACAGGAGGCAGACGUUUUCUCCGCACUGGAAGAGCCCACGGUGUGCAGAGGUCUGGAGGAAGCCCUGGGAACAGUGGCAAAGGCACUGAAGAAGCUAGGGCCUUUUGAUGGGAUCCUUGGUUUCAGCCAGGGGGCUGCGCUAGCAGCUCUUGUGUGUGCCUUUGGUCAAGCCGGAGAUGCCCGCUUCCCUUUGCCCCGGUUUAUCAUCCUGGUAUCUGGUUUCUGUCCCCGGGGCCUUGGCCUCAAGGAACCCAUCCUGCAGAGCCCCUUGUCACUGCCUUCACUCCAUGUUUUUGGGGCAACUGACCGUGUCAUCCCCCCUCAGGAGAGUAUGCAACUGUGUAGCCGAUUUACUGGUGCCAUCACCCUCACCCACUCUGGUGGCCACUUCAUUCCAGCAGCUGCGCCCCAGCGCCAGGCCUACCUCAAGUUCUUGGACCAGUUUGCAGAGUGAAAGAUCAACAAAUGCCUUUGCCUCUACAUCCCCUCCCCACCCCCUAGUGGGGACACAUGAAGUUGGUGCUGUCUCUGUAAUCCCUGCCCUCCUGGCUUCUUUCCCCUACCUGGGACCUCCACUGCUGUAACUGCUCCUCACCAUCACCAAUGCAGAGACAAAUACCAAUACUUAAGACUCAAGUUAUAUGAGCCCAACUCUGCAAUCAAGAAAAAGGGGAUUAGGCCACCUUAAUGGACUUUGACCUUGGCAUCUGAUAAUUCAGACAUGACAAAGGUUAGUAGAGCCACGGAUGAGUGGAGGGUGACACAGGAAAAGCAGGGACUGUUGCCACUGUGACUGCCACACAAUAAAGUGGUGACUUGGA